AUGGUCCUCGACAAUGCAGAUAUCUUCUUGCAUAACCUUCCUUCUGAGCUCUAUCCCUUGGCUCACCGUCAACCACGUCCAACAUCCCUCCCAGACAACUGCAAAUCCCCCCAAAGACUAGCCCAAGGCAUCAUCAUCACCCAAGCAGCCAACAAGGCACGCAUACACCACAAAGCCUCGAUCCCAGCGCUUAACAACAGUAUUGCGAAUGACAUAUCACUCUAUAACCCAGCACCGGUCAAAACCACCCACCCACGUACUUAGGAACAACCAGGUACAUUCACCACAUCUGUCGUAGUCACCUAUAUACAACCACUGAUCCCAUUAAAUGCGAUCCAAACCACCACCACCCUAAAUAGCCACCGCCAGGGUCUGUUUCCCUUUUUCCCGAGAAAACCAAAAAUAAAAGUCAACUUUGCUUCUUGCCACAAGUUCGAAUCGAAAACCCCACCCUCUUUGCAAAAAGCGCCUU